CGGGAGCCCCGUGUGCUGGGCGCCAGUGGCUCAGCACCAGCCCCAAGCAGCAGCUGCCUGGCUCCGUGGUGUCACGGUGAGGGGCACUUCCCUGCCUCGCCCCCUGCUGUAGCAGCCAGCCUGGGCAGCGGGGUCACCGCCCGGAGCUUGGCCCCUUCCACGAGUCCUGCUCUUUGGCGCUGGUCUGCUCCCCGGGACUCCGCCGCUUUCCCAGAGCCCAGCCUUAGCCGAGCGCUUUCCAACAACCCUCCUGGCGCUGGGGGUGCCAUGCAAAGCCACAAGAGCCCAACAGCAGAGCCGAGGAGGGAAGCGAGGAGGACACGGGCCUCCCCGGCACACGAUUCUGCCAAUGCAUCUCUCGAGACUCUCUGCACCGUCAGGAGGCUGCUCCUGCUGCUCGGGGUUGCGGGGCUGCUGGCGGGGACAGCGGCUGGGACGUGGCUCCUAGCGAAACACCUGAAGCAGCCUCAGCCAGACCAGGACUUCACCCAGCUGCAGGAGCCGGCUGCGGUCCCAGCGUGCGGCGACGGGGAAGAGGAAGACCCUGUGGUCCGGGGGACGCCCAGCAGAGUGUCUUUCAGAAUAAACGCGGCAAACUCCUUGCUGGAAGCGCAGGUGGGGGGCCGCCCUGGCUGGCUCCUGGCAUGCCACGAGCGCUGGAGUCUCUCCCUGGGCACCCUGCUCUGCCGGCAGCUUGGCUAUCUCAGAAUGAUCCAUCAGAAAGGAGUGAACCUGACAGACGUCAAGGUGAAUGACACACAGGAGUUUGUUCAGGUGAGACCCCACCAGGAAGGCAGCCUGGAAGACCUGUGGCGGGUCAGGAGCAGCUGUGACUCGGGUCGAAUUGUGGCUCUGAAAUGCUCAGAGUGCGGGCUGCGCCCUGGCACCGCGCGGGUGGUGGGGGGGACGGACGUGUCCCCGGGACGGUGGCCCUGGCAGGUCAGCGUGUACCACGGCUCCCAGCACCGCUGCGGAGGCUCCGUGCUGGCACGCGACUGGAUCGUCACGGCGGCUCACUGCGUGCACAGUUACAGGCAGCUUCAAGCCUCCGCCUGGCUGGUUUUCGCAGGCGUUAUCACCCAUGGCUCGAUCAAGCAGGAGGCCGGGUUAUCAGUAAAGAAAAUAAUUUACCACCCACUUUAUAAUGACAAUAGUCUCGACUACGACAUUGCUCUCAUGAAGCUCCAAGUCCCCCUGAAUUUCACAGAUGCCAUCCGCGCGGUGUGCCUGCCCCGCUCCCACCAGGACCUCUUCCAGGGCGCGCAGUGCUGGGUCUCAGGCUGGGGCUACACCAGACCAGGCCAAGCUGGUGCCCUGCCCUUUCCUCUUGCUCCCUGCAGAUCUCGUUCCUCUCUCGGCUUUUCUCCCUCCCCAGCGCAGGUCACCGAGACGCUGAAGGAAGCUCUCGUUCCCUUAAUCGGUACCAAGAGGUGCAACAGUUCGUGCGUGUACGCGGGGGAGCUCACGGCCAGGAUGCUCUGUGCUGGCCACCUGCGGGGGACGGUCGAUGCCUGCCAGGGUGACAGCGGGGGCCCCCUGGUCUGCCGGGACGGCCCCGCCUGGCGCCUGGUCGGCGUCGUGAGCUGGGGCCAGGGCUGCGCUCAGCCCAACCGCCCCGGCGUCUACGCCAACGUGGCCCAGCUCCUGCCCUGGAUUUACCACGUCACCGAGAUCUACUAGAAAUGAGGCAAGGAGAGACUUCACAGAGCAAGACUUUGCCUUUUCCACGUAGUAAGUGGGGAACAGCCCAGGACUAAUUCACAGUGUAUUACUAUAACCCUAACAGAGUCUGCAGACAACACUAGGAAAUGUGUUCAGUAUAAAUAGUUUAUUAAAGAAAAUAGCAAAUUCCAUUUCUGUGAACAAUCCACGUGGGAGAAGUGGUGUUUUUCAAAAUACGUGGGGUUUUCGAUUGUAAAGGGGCAGAGGAUCCCGUGAGAUGCAAGGGUUACAGGAACGCUCUCAGCCUUCUGAUAAAUUACUUAGAGGAGGAAGAAAAAACUAGGGUUUGAAGUGGCAGUCAGAUUUUGCUUCAGUAUCUGCCUCCCUUGCUGCGCUCCCGUGUGCUGGACUCGGUGGAACUGCCACUUCGACUGCUUUUCCCCCUCCCUAGGCCAGUUUGAGCCAGGAACAGAAGGGGCUCCUCACAACUGGCACCGCCUGCCCCCUGGCUGUAUUUUAAUGCUCUCUCAAAAGAAAAGUACCCUUCUCAGAGACUCAAACAUAGCCUUUUGUAACUUUAAAAGAGAAUGCUGAGUGCACACUUCAUUCCCUUUUCAUAUUUAUUUACAUUUCUUGCUUUAUUCUUCAAGAACAGAAAAUUUACUACCAGAAAGACAACAGAGACAACCUAGCUCACACGUAAUAAAAAGGUGAAGGAAGGAGGUGAACUGGUUUCUUUCCACAGUUGGUAAAGUGAGAUUGAAAAGUUCUAACUCAGUUUUAAGGUAUUUUCCAUGAGAAAUAAAGCCACAAAGAAUUUUGCCAGUUGUGCAAAACCCUGUGACUUGAUUAAACAGUUCACUCGGAACAGGAUCUCCUCUCCCCCCACCCCCCCUAAAUUUUCACUCUGUUGAGGUUCAGCUCUCCGGGGAAAGCCGAGGUGGGGAAGAGCGAAGUUUGGCACUUCAGCAUUCUUAGGAGGAUAUCAAAAGCUAUCACAGUCUGUGGGUUUCAUGUGGAAUUUGGAGGGACAGAGGAGGUAAGACACGAAGGGGCUACAUGCCCCCUGCUGUAAAACUGCAUAGAUAAGAUUCACUAUUGAGAAACAGAAAUCCCCUACAAGCCCCUUAAGCAAGCUCAAGAAGUCAUCCAGCACCAUGCACGAGGCUCACUGGACAGCGGUGGCUGUUCUCACACAGAGAUGUGGACACAAGACUCGGAGUAUUUCCCUGUGCUGGGCUUAACAGGGAGACGAAAUCCUUGAGAAUGGAGAUGAGCAAACAUCAC